AUGUUGUUUUGGUAUAUACCAUAAUUUACACAUUAUAUACUGCACAAUGGAGGAAAAACAACUUUAUGGUGCUUUAACAGUUUAUCGAGAGAGAGGUGCGCAUUUGAGACGCCUCGAACAGUUCGAAAAAGCUAAGGCAGCUUACGAUGAAGCCUAUAACAAUGUUCCUGACGACGUCCGCCUGCUUACUGGCCGAAGUCAGGUAUGUGCUGAUUCGGUGCAACCUGUUCAAGCAUAUUCAGACGCAGAGCUUGCACUCAAAUUGGAGCCUGGCAACAUGAACGCCCGGAAUAUGCAAGCUCGGGCGUUGUACACUAUGUCAGACUUUGAACGCUCGGUUGUGAUGAAUUAUAGAGGUGCAAGAUAUCGAAGACAGCCACCUUAUUUCAUGGAAGGAAUUAAUCAGGGCGUUGAAACAAUUCAAGACUGCAUAGGUGUUAACGCAGGUAGCGUUAUGUUAGAUUUCUUACCGCUAAUUAAACACAUGGAGGCAAAGGCAGGUCGCGUAGAUGAGGAUGAACCACAGAAACAAUUACACGUUUCUCGCAUUCCAAAGCCGGAACGAAAGCGAAAACUUACUCAAAUGGAAGCACGAAAACAUUUAACCCUAGCUCGUGUACUAGCUAUGAAGUAUUUAGGACCAAUGGCGUAUGAUAAAUUUUUCCUCCAGCAUCUAACUUCAGAUGAACGUCUGAAAUCUGCAAAUUCAGCGGGAAGUGUGAAGUUAAAAGCGCUCGUUAAAGAAGCUUUACGGUCACUAACCGAGAGACAAGAAAUGUUACGAGCGCAACGUCCGUAUUACACAACACAAUUAGCUGAAAAGGCAGAAUCAAAACAUCAAGACAAAUAUAAAGAGGCUAUAUUGGUAAAAGAACGAGAAAUAGGAGCUAGAACAGCUGAAAGACUUUUGAAACAAAUAGAAAAGAGCAUGCGUGAAAAUCGUGUUAUGGAUUUGAUUGCACAAGCAGAGCGCAUGCAAAUGUUCUUAGAUAUCAAAACUCGACGUACACUACCUGAUAAAGAGGUUUACACUGAUCGAUUGUACCGUGCUGUAGGAGAAGGUUAUUUAUCCCAACAUCGCUUGUCGUAUACCCUCAGUGAACGGGGGAAUAGACGUCGUAUCGCUUUUCUUAUGGGAUUACCAGUUGGUAGACCAACCUCAUUUGAUUCAGUCAUGGCCAGUUAUCCCUAUAAAUUUAUUGAUAUAAAACAAGCUACUGCAAAGGUUAUUGCUACUCUAGAAAUGUGUGAAAAUUCGCUUAUGAAGUGCUGGUUAAUGUACGAACUAGCACGUUUAUUGUGUUCUCAAAAGAAUUAUGCACUCGCUAAAUUCUAUGCGAAACGGUGCCAAAAAGAAGCUCAAGAGGCAAGUAGCGUCACCUGGUGGCUUAAUGGUUGUUUUGUGUUAAUGAGCGGUGAUAUGCAGCAAGGUAAUUCGAAUGAAGUGCGAAUCCAAGUUGAGGAAGCGUAUGAAUUUUCUAAGAAGUUGCAGGAUCCCGAACGCGUGCAAGCAUUCCUAGCGAAAUGUGCAGAAAUGGCAGCCGAAACCGUUACUGCUGAUGAGAGGAAAGCAAUUGUACAGCGUGAGAAGCAAAUUUUAGGUGUAAUGGACGAAGUUCAGGGCGUUGAAACCCAAGUAUUGUUUAAGAGAAUGUCUACCGUGCCACCUGGCAGACGUUUCUCAGUUCUACCACGUAAACCUGAAGCUGGAUCAUCACCUGCGGAACGUAAACGACGGUGCCAGCGAGGGCUAUCUGUAAUACCAGGCCCAGAACGAGCAUUACCACCUCCUCCAAAAUCAGGUACAUUGGGUUUUCAGAUAUUCGACUUAUAG